AUGAGGAGUUGCUAUUCUUCUUCUUCUCUCUGUGGGAUUUCUAGAGCGGCGUGGAGGCACGUGGUGGCCGGCACCCUGAGCCUGAGCGGCAGCCACAACCAACACCGGCACAGUCUGCGCUACUUGCCCCUCAGGCCUCCCGUGCCGCCCAUUGCCCUUGGCCUCGCUGAGCGCUUCUUCUCUUCCUCCUCGCCCAAGCGCUCCACCAAGAGAUCCGCCGCAAAGAAGGCCACGCCGCCGCCGAUGGACUCUGCCGGCGGCGACCCGUUCUAUGUCGUCCGCAAGGGGGAUGUCAUCGGCAUCUACAAGAACCUCGCCGACUGCCAAGCUCAAGUCAGCAAUUCGGUCUGCGAUCCUUCUGUGACUGUGUACAAAGGCUAUUCUCUGCGUAAAGACACCGAGGAGUAUCUCGCGGCGCGCGGGUUGAAGAAUGCUCUGUAUUCCAUUAAUGCAGCAGAUGCAAGAGAUGAAUUGUUUGAUGAUCUGGCUCCCUGCCCUUUCCAGCAACCUGAUGGAACCUCUACUUUGAAAAGGCCACAAGAGGUGGAAACUGGACCAUCAAAGAAGCAUCCCAAAGUCGCUGAACAGGAGCCAUUACCUGAUAGUCAUCUAUCCUGCAUUCUUGAAUUUGAUGGUGCUUGCAAAGGAAAUCCCGGGAAAUCAGGCGCCGGUGUAGUAGUAAGGCGGUCAGAUGGAUCUGUGAUUGCUCAACUACGUGAGGGUUUGGGUAUUGCAACGAAUAACGCUGCUGAAUAUCGUGCAUUGCUCCUGGGGUUGAGAUAUGCUGCUAAGAAGGGAUUCAAGUAUGUUCGUGCUCAAGGCGAUUCUAAGCUUGUCUGUAACCAGGUCCAAGAUCUCUGGCGUGUUAGGAAUGAUAAUAUGGCUGACUUGUGCAAGAAAGUUAAGGACCUGAAGGGAAAUUUUCUUCAGUUUCAAAUCAACCAUGUGUUGAGGGAAUUUAAUGCGGAUGCUGAUGCCCAAGCUAACUUUGCUGUUGAACUUCCUGUUGGUGAAAUUCAAGAGCAGUCAAACUUCCCAUGCUAG